CAUCAUAUAGAUACUAUAGUAAUAUUUCUGAUACUCAUAAAGUCAAAAAAAUUCAGAUCAUACACCUAAUUUUGGAGCUAAAAAAAAAAUGUGGGCAUGUAAUGUAUGGAUCUCCUUUAGCUUACUCUGGUGCGUGGCAUCAGUUAUUUCAGUUAGUGCACUGUCCCAAGAAGAACCCCAACUGGGUUCUGUUCGUGUAGUGUUCCAGACAAACUAUGGAGACAUCGAAUUCGGUUUCUUACCAACCGUUGCACCCAAAACUGUUGACCACAUUUUCAAGCUUGUUCGGUUGGGAUGUUACAAUACCAAUCACUUUUUUCGGGUUGAUAAGGGGUUUGUUGCCCAAGUGGCUGAUGUUGUGGGUGGAAGAACAGCCCCAAUGAAUGAAGAGCAAAGAAGAGAAGGUGAAAAAACUGUUGUUGGUGAAUUUAGUGAUGUCAAACAUUUAAAGGGUGUUCUUUCUAUGGGGAGGUUUGAGGAUCCCAACAGUGCUCAAUCCUCUUUUUCGAUGCUUCUCGGAGAUGCUCCUCAUCUUGAUGGCCAGUAUGCAAUUUUUGGACGAGUUACCCGAGGUGAAGAAACAUUGAAAAAGUUUGAGCAGCUCCCUACUCGUCGUGAGGGUAUUUUUGUAAUGCCAACUGAACGCAUCACCAUCUUAUCAACGUACUAUUAUGAUACUGAGAUGGAGAGCUGUGAAACGGAGAGGUCAGUUUUGAAAAGAAAGCUUGCUGCAUCUGCUGUUGAAAUCGAAAGACAGAGAAUGAAAUGCUUCCCUUGAUUUUGCAAGCAUGAGCCUGAUCAUCAAGAAGAGAUGGUACAAUUACUGUAAAGUUCUCCAGUUCUAACAGCAGAGCUCCGCGAUAUGAUGUUUACUCAAAAACAAGAACCUGUAUUUUAAGUUUGAAUUGAAUAGGCUUGUGUGAAGUAGUCAAGAAGCACGAACAACGAGCUCACUACUACAUUUUUACCAAUAUGAACCGGUUCAUUCAUUGCAUGAAUAGACCAGAGCUGGUGUGUAAUGAAGCUAAUGGCUCAGAAUUCAUGUUGGAACUUGGAUCAUCGUCUUGGUGAGCUCAGAAUUGACUCCUGGGUUGUGUGACAGCUGAAAUUGUUCUGUAGCAUGAGAGCAAGCCCAUUAUAGACUGUUAAUAAAGCCCUAUGCAUUGAGGUCUA